AUGAUCUCCAUGCUCUUCCUCGGCCGCCUCGGCGAGCUCGCUUUAGCCGGCGGGUCCCUCGCCGUCGGCUUUGCUAACAUCACCGGUUACUCUAUUCUCUCUGGCCUCGCCAUGGGAAUGGAACCCAUUUGUGGUCAAGCUUUUGGUGCCAAAAGGCAUACUCUGCUUGGCCUCUCUUUGCAGAGAACAGUACUUCUUCUAAUAUUUACAUCCUUACCCAUUUCUCUUCUCUGGCUAAACAUGAAGAAACUCCUCCUCCUUUGUGGCCAAGAUGAAACAAUUGCCUCUGAAGCUCAACUUUACCUCCUCUGUUCUCUCCCUGACCUUCUUGCUCAGUCUUUACUGCACCCUUUGAGAAUUUACCUCAGAACUCAAUCCAUUACCCUGCCUUUAACAUUUUGUGCAACUCUAGCAAUCAUCCUUCAUAUUCCCAUCAAUUACUUUCUUGUCUCGUACCUCAAUUUAGGCAUCAGAGGUGUGGCUCUAAGUGGGGUUUGGUCUAACUUCAAUCUCGUAGCUUCUUUAAUCAUCUACAUCAUUAUCUCUGGGGUCCACAAGAAAACCUGGGGAGGGAUUUCAAUGGACUGCUUCAGAGAAUGGAGGACUCUUCUCAAUUUGGCAGUGCCAAGCUGCAUUUCUGUGUGCCUAGAAUGGUGGUGGUAUGAGAUCAUGAUUUUGCUCUGUGGUUUGCUGUUAAACCCAAGAGCCACUGUUGCUUCAAUGGGCAUUUUGAUCCAAACCACUUCUCUGAUCUACAUAUUCCCCUCGUCCCUAAGCUUCAGUGUGUCCACAAGAGUUGGCAACGAAAUAGGCGCAAACCAACCGAAAAAAGCAAAGAUUGCAGCCAUUGUAGGCCUGUGUUGCAGCUUCAUACUAGGCCUUGCAGCUCUGAUCUUUGCAGUCAUGGUGAGGAACAUUUGGGCAAGCAUGUUCACACAGGACAAGGAGAUAAUAAAAUUAACAUCAAUGGUUUUGCCUAUAAUUGGUCUCUGCGAGCUUGGAAAUUGCCCACAAACAACAGGGUGUGGAGUUCUGAGAGGCACAGCGAGGCCUAAAGUUGGAGCAAACAUAAACUUGGGGUGCUUUUACCUCGUGGGAAUGCCAGUGGCUGUGGGGUUGGGUUUCGUUCUUGAGUUGGAUUUUCAGGGGCUGUGGCUAGGCCUGUUGGCUGCACAGGGAUGCUGUGCUCUGACCAUGCUGGUGGUUUUAGGUGUUACAGAUUGGGAGUUUGAAGCUCAGAAAGCCAAACAGCUGACCGGGGCUGAGGAAGUGGUUGAUGACAGCGAAGAGGUUGAGGAAGACAAGCCAAGCAAAGCUAAAAUCAAGGAAGAUUGUUUAGAUUACGCUAAUAAUAAUAAUAAUAACUCACAUGUUUAG